GUGGCGGCCAGACCACAGAGGAACCAACAUCACUUCACUGCAAAAUUGCCUCCGUUAUUGGAAGUGCCAGUGUGUGUGGCAUUGUGUCGGAGAGGGAGGGGGACACCGAUUUUGCACGGACUGAGGAGAGUGGUAAGUUACAAUUUUACCUGUUUAUUGAAUCAAAUGUUUGUACAGACACGUGGCAAGAAAUGACGAGCAUUGUGUCCUCAGUCACUUCGCAGUUGGAAGCAGUGGGAGAGGAGGUGGAGGAAGAGGAGGUGCUUCCCAGCACGUCUGGCACACUGGCUGCAGGCCCGUCUGUCCCCAGCACGCCCUGCGGAUCCAGAGUGCGCGGAGGCGGCCGGGUUCUCACAGAGACUGUCCUGCAGACACAAAGGGACACGAUCGGAGCCAUCCGAGAAGUGAGGGAGGAACUGGCACAAAUACGCACAGUCUUGCAGAACAUGUGUGACAUAAUGUCAGCAGCAACGGACGCAAUAAAAGAUUUGUUGAAAAAGUGA